CAAGACUGAUAGUGAUUAUUUGAGCCUGUUGGGACUGCCUUUAAAGAGGUCCCAGGCAGUGGCAAUGCUUUGUUUUCACUCAUAGGCUCACUUGUGUUUCUGUCCUCGCACCAGGCUGAAGAUGGUGUGUCCUUGUUGGUUGAUGGUGGUGGUGAUGGCGUACGUGUGCGUCCCCGGGCUUGGGUCGGUGUGCUGGGAGAGCUCUAUCUGCAACGACCUGAGGAACAAGGGAAGGUUACAGGACUGCCUUGACCUCUGCAUGUCUGUGAUCCGGGCAGAGUUCCCACAGCUCAGUGCAUUGGCCCUGAAGGUUAACGAUGAUGACGACCUCUUACUCAGCAUCAUUCUGGCCAACAUGGUGUCUGAAAACAAGAUAUCAGAGUCGGAUCUGAGAGCACACAUCAACCAGAGACGCUCCUAUUCGAUGGAGCAUUUCCGCUGGGGCAAACCCCCCGGCCGCAAGCGUCGGCCUGUGAAGGUUUUUGUCUCUUCUCUGGAGGGAGGAGGCUCGUCUGAGGGCAGUUUUGCCGCUCAGGCUCGCAGGCAGCUGUCCAUUCACGAGAACGAGGUAAAGAGGGAGCUGAAGGUAGGAAGUGAAAGCCAGGGAUUACCAAAGGCCAGAGUCAGCUCUAAGGCACAUGCCCCGUUGAGCCCGCAGGAGAGGAAAGAUGGAACCUACCGGAUGAGUCACUUCAGAUGGGGGAGCCCACCUGCCUCUAAACGUAAUGGCAACUUUAUGAAACAGUGGGAGGAGAAACCACAGGGGCAGCUGGCCAAGCUCUUCAGGAACAGUAUAUUCAAGGAGGUGCAGAGGAUAAUGGGCUGAGAGGAGAACAGUCAUUGCAUGUUAGUACCCACAGGUCUUAACUUUAAAUUACAAACAAUUUUCACAAUCAUUAGCAUGUUGUUGAAUGUAUUUUCUGAGCCAAAGCUUUGUUUCAUUAACGCCUUAGCUGAAGAUAAGAAAGGCU